AUGGCGGGACUUUUCCAACGUACCAAGAAGCUGCUCCUGGGCAAGAAGGCCAGUAGAGUUCAGCUCAAGGAGUUUGUGCGUAAAAAUGCAGCCAACUCCCUGUCUGUGGCCAACAUGGUGAUGGGCAUGACCUCCAUCCUCUGCAGCCUGAAUGGUCACCAGUAUGCUGCAUGCUGGUUGGUUCUGAUUGGUUACCUGCUGGACCUGGCAGAUGGAGCAGUAGCCCGACAAUUGGAUGCCUGUUCAGCAGUGGGUGCCAAGCUGGAUGACUUUGCUGACUUCACCACAUUCGGGGUGGCGACCUCACUGCUCCUGACAUCCCAUGGCCUGAUGGACAACAUCCUCUGCUUGUGCUAUGUCAUGACCGUGUUGGUCCGCCUCUGCUUCUUCCCGAGUGGGAUUCCCUUCAUGUACCGGGGGCUGCCCUGCAUCUAUUCGUCUGCCAUCUUGGCCUGUGUUUCCCUGCUGUUCGGGGGAAACAUGCUGGUCCUGCGGGUCACUGCUUUGGCCAUGAUCCUCUUCAUGGUCAACCCGGGCUUCUACCCCCAUGACAAGGUGCUGGAGUCCCAGGCCUGGAAGAAGGUGGUUUACGCAGGAGGAGUUGCCAUGGUGUUCUGCUCCUCUUUCCCUCCUGCGUGUGUUUACUACCUGCUCUGGUCCGUUUCCUACAUGUUAUUCCCCACAGCCUUGUGGAGCAGUAAAGUGUAA